GAGUGUCGCCACUCUGUUCUCUCUACCGCUCUGGGGGCGGAGCCAGGGGAUGGCCAGUGGUUGCCAUGGCCACCAUAAAGUAAUCUUCGGCCACCCCUCUGGUCCCCCCACCACCGCUUUGCCGGCAAGUUUUUUGCGGAAGCAUUUCUGCAGGCAGGAGCAGCGCACCUCAGAUGAAGUGAUACACUUACCAGCCUGGUCAUGAGGACCCUGUUGACCACCCAGAACCAGGACUGGUACCGGGAGAUGAUCAUGAAGGAGGCCUACACACGUCUCGCCUGGAAUAUAAAUUAUGGCAAGGACUAUCCCAUCAAAUUUGCUUCACGCAGGUCCAAGCCCCUGGUCCUCUUUAAUCCCCCAACUACUAACAAAAUCACUCUGCCUCCUGUAGUACAAACUAUUAAGAAGAAAGUGGAACCCAAAGAGCCUCAGCGCACCCUUACUGAAACUCCUCUAAUGCGGCCGGUCAGCCCACAGUCCAGGGAAGCUCUCUACCACGGCCUGACCACAGAGGGUAAAGGGAGAGGCCAGUACUUACAGAAACGCUUUCAGAAAAGACCAGAGGAAAGGUUUGACUAUCCAAUACUGUCUUCAUGGGAAUAUGGCUGGAGAUUAGGUGACUAUGAGCAAAGCUACAGGUCACCAGCUAAUGGAAGAUCAGGGGUUGUUAGGAGUAAUUUCUAUGCCAGAAAUGGUGUUUUUUAUAUUCCUUCAGCAACUGAUCGACUGGGAUAACCACCUUUCCAAGAAGAUGCUAAUGAAUGUUCCACAAACUGUAACUGACAGUAUAAAUAUUAUUAAAUACUGGGUAUUUAAACUUGUUCUUAAAACAUUAAAAGUUUGCAACACUCAUAAAA